UGUUCUUCUUUUUACCUUGCUAGCGGAUCAAGGAGUCAUGGAUAAGAUAACCUUGAUAUGGGAUAUCUUUUAUCAUUACUACCUUGACGACAGGGCCUCGUCGUUGCUGUUGACGCAAUGUCAAAAACUGAUCAAGCUCUCGAAAAGUCUCAACGCUUGGAAAAGUGGGCCCUAUGCUUCUUUCUUGAGAAUGUGCACAGGACAUACUCUGACAGAGCUUCGACGUUACUGGACUCUAUAUGCGGAGACGGGUGGUUUUUCGCUUAGAAAGCAACAAGUACUCAGGCAAAAGUUUUCGACGGGAGUAAACUCUGUCAGGGACAAAGCGGCGAAGGUCCCACACACUUUAUUUUCGAGUCGCUCUGCUGGCCCUCUAUCGACGCACGCUCUUAGUGUUUUAGCAGAACAUUUUAG